UUCUUCUCAACGGUGAUCUGGAAGCUCAUCUUGACACUUGGCCGGAAAGGAGAUGUCCAGACGUUGUAGCUGAGCUGGCACAACACACCAAGGAAAUGGCCAGUGAUAUUCUUCAAAACGCAACUAUUCAACUGCUUAAGUGGAAUUCCAAUGUUCCUGAACUGGAAGACAAGUCACAACGCAAACAAAGACGAGCAGAUACAAAUAAUGCAUCACCGUAUGCAGAAAAUUACUUUAAAAAAGCCUGUAAAUAA